UCCAGUUUCCCUGUCCCCGACCCGCCAAUGCUGACCUCCCUCCCUCCCUCCCUCCCCCGGCCAAGCUCCCCUCUCGACAGGAAGGAGAGACUGACCUCCCAUGCGACCAAGAACCGAGACUCGCCCCGAGAGCAUAGCAUAGCUUGCGCGCCGCCGCCGACCUCACCUCCGGCAUCCGAAGCCACCCGGUGCGAGCAGAUGCCACGUCUAGUCUAAGCCGAGAGCCAAGGUGGCUUUGCUCCUAUUAAAAGCUGCCAAGAACUGCGGCGUGUACCAGGAAAGAUCUUCGAGCGCGUCUUCGGGGCAUGCAUGGCGAGUGGCGACGAGGACUCGGGGAUGAGGUGCUGAGCUCUGCAGGUAGCGUGAGAUUCUGGGCGAUCGGCAGAGCGACGUGCCUUGGCUGUUGAUUCGGCUUUAUUUCUCUUCUUCCUCCAAGCCAGUUGAAGUUGAAGUUGCACAUAGCGCAUACGACAUCAUGUUCUGAAAUCUCGAAGCACGUACUGCUGCUACUGUCUGGCAGAGGAGUUCGACACAGAGUCGAGAUGCCUCCGGACUCGAAUGGCAGCUUCGACGGGCACGAGAUCGUCGAGGUUGUCGGCGAGCCUGGCACGCCGUCGGGGACGACAGCCAGGCUGAUGGACUUCAUCCCCAUCGAUAUCUACAUCCCGUCCGUGGAGCGGGGCGCGCUCAGCGAGAGCCGGCGCAAGCGGCGGUUUCUGGACUUCCUCCGCGCCCACCCGUCCAAGGACUGGUUUUUGCGCUCCACCUUCGUCGGCCGCCUCCGCCGGAGGAGCCACGGCCACCAGGAGUCGGCAGACGACGGCUCGGACGACGGCGGGCGCCGCGGCCCGCGGAGGCGGUUCCGCGUGCCGUUCGUGCGCAAGAUCAAGUGGCGCAAGCUGUGGACCUACGCGGUGAGCUGGUGCAGGAAGCCCGAGAACUUCGCGAUGAUCAUCUGGCUGGCGUUCGUGGGGGCCGGGCUGCUGCUGCUCCUCAUGCUCAUGACCGGCAUGCUCGACGCCGCCAUCCCCGACGACGAGCGGCGCAAGAAGUGGACGGAGGUGAUCAACCAGAUCCUCAACGCGCUCUUCACCAUCAUGUGCCUGUACCAGCACCCCAAGAUCUUCCACCACCUGGUGCUGCUCCUCCGGUGGCGCCCCGACGGCGACCGCGAGGAGAUCAGGAAGGUGUACUGCAAGGACGGCGCCGCGCGCCCGCACGACCGGGCGCACAUGCUCCUCGUCGUGGCCUUGCUGCACGUCACCUGCUUCGCCCAGUACUACUGCUGCGCCCUGUUCUGGAGCUACACGCGCAAGGACCGCCCGGACUGGGCGCUCAACAUCGGCUACGGCCUCGGCACGGGCUGCCCCGUCGUCGCUGGCCUCUACACCGCGUACAGCCCGCUUGGACGGAAGGAGCCCGACACCGAGUCGUCGUCGGCGGCGCCGGCCGAUGCGGCGCAGCAGGACCACCACACCAGCCGUACCGAGAACGACGGCGUAGAGAUCACGAUAUACAACCGCCGCGUGGUGGUGAGCAGCCCGGAGUGGAGCGGCGGGCUGUUCGACUGCUGCGACGACGGGACGGUGUGCGCGCUGUCGGCGACGUGCACCUUCUGUGUCUUCGGCUGGAACAUGGAGCGCCUCGGGUUCGGCAACAUGUACGUGCAUGCCUUCACCUUCAUCCUGCUAUUCGUGGCGCCGUUCCUCAUCUUCAGCGUGACGGCGCUCAACAUCCACGACGACGAAAUCCGCGACACGGUGGUGGCCGUGGGCGUGCUCCUGGGCUUCUGCGGCUUCCUGUACGGCGGCUUCUGGCGGUCCCAGAUGCGGAAGCGCUACAAGCUCCCGGGCGGCCGCUCCUGGUGGUGGUGCGGCAGCGCGGCCGUGGGCGACUGCGCCAAGUGGCUGUUCUGCUGGACCUGCGCGCUGGCGCAGGAGGUGCGGACCGCCAACUUCUACGACGUGGAGGACGACCGAUUCGUGGCCAUCCUGGGCGCGCGCAACGGGGAGGGCCGCCCCGUGCUUUUGCCGCUCCCGCGCGAGGCGUCAACCACGACGUACACACGGAGCAUGUCGUGCCCGCCUAAGCUCGACGACGCGGAGGACGCCGGCGGGGUGACGAGCUCGCUGGGACUGGAGAUGGUCGAAGCCGCUGCUGCCAUGGAGAGGUCGGCCACGUACCACCCCAUGAGGCCACCGCUGCCUCCACUGAUGAAUGAGCGACGACAAGAGUAGGACUAGGCAUACACUCCACCUUGGUACCUGUGUUGCAGCUGUGUACUGUACCAUACAUAGUGUAGAGUCAUUCUGGGAGUCACUUCUGAAGUCCCGUUCGUAUACAUAUAAGUUUUUUUUUUCAAGUCGUAAAGAAAACAUAAGAUUUUUUUUCUCCAAUAAUGCCAUCACCAUUUUUUUAAA